AUGUGCUGCCCGUUGCCGCCCGUUGCUGCCCGUGCCUGUGCUGCCUGUUGCUGCCCGUGCCUGUGCUGCCUGUUGCCGCCCGUUGCUGCCCGUGCCUGUGCUGCCCGUUGCCGCCCGUUGCUGCCCGUGCCUGUGCUGCCCGUUGCCGCCCGUUGCUGCCCGUGCCUGUGCUGCCCGUUGCUGCCCGUGCCUGUGCCGCCCGUUGCCGCCCGUUGCUGCCCGUGCCUGUGCUGCCCGUUGCCGCCCGUUGCUGCCCGUGCCUGUGCUGCCCAUUGCCGCCCGUUGCUGCCCGUGCCUGUGCUGCCCGUUGCUGCCCGUGCCUGUGCUGCCCGUUGCCGCCCGUUGCUGCCCGUGCCUGUGCCGCUCGUUGCGCCCGUUGCUGCCCGUGCCUGUGCUGCCCAUUGCCGCCCGUUGCUGCCCGUGCCUGUGCUGCCCGUUGCCGCCCGUUGCUGCCCGUGCCUGUGCUGCCCGUUGCUGCCCGUGCCUGUGCUGCCUGUUGCCGCCCGUUGCUGCCCGUGCCUGUGCCGCCCGUUGCCGCCCGUUGCUGCCCGUGCCUGCGCUGCCCGUUGCCGCCCGUUGCUGCCUGUGCGUGUGCUGCCCGUUGCCGCCCGUUGCUGCCCGUGCCUGUGUUGCCGCUACAGCCCUUGUUGCUACUCUGCGCGCCCCGCGCGCCCUGCUGCCCUAUGCGCCCUCUCUGCGCGCCCUGCAGCUCUGCGCGCCCUGCGCGCCCUGCUGCCCUGCUGCCCUGCGCUCCCUGCGUGCACUGCAGCCCUGCAUGCCCCGCGCGCCCUACUGCCCUGCAGCCCUCCGUGGAACGGAGGCUAUGGGGGUGGCGGGUAUGGGGGUGAUGGGUGUGUGUGA